UCAUUCGCAGGCGAUUACAUCUAGAUACCGUCUAUAUUGGUGUCGUUCGACACCCCCUAGACCGAUUUGUCUCCGCCUUCAGCUACUACAAAAGCAGGUACAGGGUUCCGUAUUGGUGUCCAUCCCAGGAAAGGAUCCCAUCGCUACCUACCUACAAAAUCCAGCCCUCUGGGAAAAUACUGGAGACUACGUGUCCUUGACAAGAAACCGCAUGAGCUUCGACUUCGGAAUGGAGCUUUCCGACAUGAAGAACCCAGCGGCCGUGGAGAAGUAUGUGGACUACCUGCAGUCUGUCUUUCAUCUAGUCCUGGUUAGUGAACGUUUCGACGAGUCUAUGAUUUUGAUGCGGCGUCGCCUGGGCUGGUCCUUGAAUGACAUGAUCUACCGGAAUGUCAACACCUAUAUAGGACCUGAAAAGUCGCACGUGUUCACGGAACAGGAGAAGCUGGCCCACCGCCACUUCAACGUCGCCGACUACGUGCUGUACGAACGGUUUGCGAAGAGAUUCGAAGAGCACGUGCAAGAGGAACUGGGACAGGGCCUGGCAGAGGAAGUUGAAGAAUAUCGGAGGAUCCUGGCCCAGGUGGCCACAUUCUGUGCGGAAGGAACAGCCGGAGUCUUGUACGUCAACGCCACGGACUGGAACGACGGCUUCGAGGUUGAGCGUCAAGAGUGCAAAACGAUGUCUAUGUCGGAGACCGGACUGGUGGAGAUUGUUAGAAACGAACAGAACCUACGAAUGAAGCAGCACAUACCAAACCUAAAUGUUUAAGUGAGAGUCUUAAAGCUUUAAAUGCCGAAGCAUUUUCUUUACUUUAAAUUCGAGGACCACUUUCAAGUUUAUGACGAUCACUUACUGGAAAAGUACAUGUCAAAAUCAUCAAACAACAUUUUUGUGAUUUUAAGAAAAUGUAUCCAAUAUCCUAAAUGUUGCCUAAAAUUUCAAGAUCAGUAGGAUGAGGUGAAAAAUUUCAGAGGGUCUAAGAGCAUGGAAUUUUUCAAGAACUAAUGGUUAACUAUAAGUAUUAAAUGUAAUGACACUAUUGUGACUUUUCUUGCAAAAGUUGGAGAAAAUCCGCAACAGAUGUUUUACUGAAUAACUUUUAAACUUGUUUUCUCCUUCAAAAUGUACGUUUUUGUGCAUCGGAAAGGACAACAAAGUCACUUCUAAUAAAUACUGUACAAUGAGAUAUUGAAAAUUCGUCAAGUACAAUCAGGUGCAUUGCAAAUGUCCGUGAUAGAUUCAUUGCUGUAGAUCAGCCACUCGCUCCCACCUCAUCCCAUUUUGGUUUUGGCUUAUUAAGACACCUACAAAAAAAAACUGCCCCUUCUGGAUUCCAAAGGAUUUUCUCUUUUAUGUUAUUUGCCUCAUUUCAUGUCAUUUAAAGCUUGGAAUUACAGAGACACCACCCUAGCCUCAUGUCUUAUAUUUAUUUGUGAAGAGUAAAUCUUUUCCAUGUAACCAUCCCUU